GGCCAGGGCUCUUUGGGCGGCUCUCCGCACGGAGUCGGCGCAGUUGUCGGGUGAGGCGCAACGGGCCGUGCUCCGGGGCUUCGCGGGCCGGGCUCCAGGGCUUCGCUGGCCGCGCGUGGCUCCCGGGCGCUGUCGGGAGAUGACAAGGUGUAUGGGGCCAGGAGGGGUUUUUUAGUGUCCUGUCGGGGCUGUGCCCUGUGCUGCCUGCCUACAUCUCUUGAGGGCUCAGAAGGCCUCGUCGGUCGGCCCACGGCGUAUGUUCUCACCAGUUUUUCGGCAGUCACCACGUGGCUUCCACAAUUGCAUUUUCAGAAUUUGAAAGCACCAUACAGAUUAAAAAAAUACUGUGAAUGUAUGCCACAUAUGUGGGGGGUAUCCAGGAGGCCAAAAAAGCAUGAAGCUGGAAUUAAAGUUGUGAGCCACCCAAAGUGAGUGCUGGGAACAACUCAAUCUGGAAAGUUACUCUUAACUGCUGAGCUUCUCACUUGAAGGUUUUUAAAGAUGAUCUAAAGUGGACUAUUCUUAGAUCAAUUAGUUUUACCUAAUUCAUGUGGUGGUAUGGUGUAUGUCGAACUUUUCAGUAGAAUGCUGGGUGUCCGGGAAGGUGCAUCACACUGAAAUUUGUAAUUGCAGAAAACUGGAUAAGGCAGAGAACAAGUGAUGGCUCAACCAGGAGUGAGUUCUGUUGACUGCAUGACAUCUGAUAGAGCUGGGGACACUGGAAACCAAAGUGAUGACUCAUCUGAUAGCUUAUUUAAAACCCAGUGUGUUUCUUCGCCUCCACAAAGACGAAGAAACCCUACUGCAGCAUGUGUCGUUUCACCUGUGAGGGCUGAAACGGACUCGUCCAGUGACUCCUCUCUGGAACCAAAGCCUCUGACUUUGAAGGCUAUUUUUGAAAGAUUUAAGAAAAGGAAACGGAAAAAGAGAAAGUAUAAGCCAAAAUUAAGACCAAGAGGAAGACCACCUGGAAUAAAAAAUGCUAGAAACCCUAGAAGGUCACAAAUAGAUAUCAAACAAAUUAAAGACAAAGGAGCUGUGUUUCCAUUCUUAGAAUCUGAAAAUGGAAGAAAACCUUUACCUUGGAAGAAAAUUUUAACGUACGAGCAAGCUGUUGCAAGAGGAUUUUUUCACCACAUUGAAAAACUGAAGUAUGAGCAACACCUUAAGGAAUGCUUGGAGCAAAUGCAUGCUGGGGAAGAUUUAGAAAAGGAAGACCUUGACAGUCGGAGACACAAGUACAUGGAUGAUGAUGGUCCUCUUUCUCCUAUUGAAGAGCCUUUGACAGAAGAUGAGGCAACAAAUCCCGAGUCUGGAUGUGAUAUCAGAUUGGUUGAAGACAGUUGCUUCAUAAUAAGCUCAGAAUUUCCAAAGAGAAAUUUAGAGCAAGAGAAGAGUAAGAAAGAGCCUGCAUUCUCUAAAAAAGCUAAGGCCAACGAAACUUCACAGAGAGAGCAUGGAAGGGCCUGGAAAGGAGAUGUACAUACAAAUAUCAAAGAAGGCUUGUCUUGACUAUGCAGGCAGAUUGAAGAUACCUGCGAAUAGAUGUUUGUUUCAGUGUGUUUUUUUUUUAACUUCAGGUACUGGCAUAUCCUUCAAAAAUUACUAAGAGUGUUAGGAAUGAAUAUUAGCAGAACUCUUCAAACACGUUGGAUGUCAACAAGUGAGAGGCC